CACGCCCCUUGACUCAAAGCACGACUGAGAGCACGUAGGCACAACUUCUGAUAAUGUUUUGAGUAGUUGAUAAGUACACUAAAGCUACGACAGGUACGCACCGAGGAUAGAACGGGUGGUUCUCUUACAAAUGGCCACCAUCGUCUUUUGCACAGCAAACAAAAUGGCUCAGACCACGACGAGACAAUGUUUGAUUGCACAUUUAAAGAGGUUUGGUAAUGCAAGAGAGACGCACUUGCUGUUUUCCUCCACUCACAGCCCGUCAGUGACUUUGCUUCCGGGAACGAGAUGGUUUUCCAGGGCUACCGGUGUAAGAUUUAUGUCCCAUGGGAACGCAGGCAGAUCCGCAGCAGGACGAAUAAGAAGGGGAGCCCUGGCGCUCAGUGGAGCCGCAGCAGUGACAGCAGCAGCGGCUGUAGCCGGGUUUUUAGCCAAUGCUAACCACUUCCAGUGUGCAGAUAUGGCAAAGAGAGUCCCCCCAGACGCUGAGGAGAAGGAGCAAGAGAGGGACAUCUUGGAGAGAUGCCGGGGGUUCAUGUCUCCUCCGGUGACCGACAUCGGCGUGCUGCAGGGGCGGAGAGAGGAGAUGCUUACGAAGAUGGAGAUGUUGAUCAUGGAGACGCAGGCCGAUUUCUGCAGAGCCCUGCAGGAGGUGGACGGUGGGGUGUUCAAGGUGGACCGAUGGGAGAGGAAAGAAGGUGGCGGAGGAAUCAGCUGUGUAAUGCAGGAUGGAAAGGUGUUUGAGAAGGCAGGGGUGAAUGUGUCAGUGGUCUUUGGAAACCUGACAGAGGGGGCCGCCAAGCAGAUGAGGAGCAGAGGGAAAGUCCUCAAAGGGAAAGAUGGGAAGCUGCCGUUUUGUGCCAUGGGUGUGAGCUCCGUUAUCCACCCCAAGAACCCCCACAUCCCCACAGUGCACUUCAACUACAGAUACUUUGAGAUAGAGGAGGAAGAUGGCACUAAGCAGUGGUGGUUCGGUGGAGGAACAGAUCUGACUCCAGUUUAUAUAAAUAAAGAAGAUGCAUUUCACUUUCACAACACCUUGAAGGAGGCCUGUGACAAACACCACCCGCAGUACUACCCCAACUUUAAGAAAUGGUGUGACAGGUACUUCUAUAUUGGCCACAGAGGAGAAACUCGAGGCAUAGGAGGGAUCUUCUUCGAUGACUUGGACUCCCCGACUCAGGAAGAAGCGUUCAACUUUGUCAAGAGCUGUGCCCGCACUGUGGUGCCCUGUUACCUGCCCAUCGUAUACAAACAUCUCAAUGACUCCGUUACUGAUGACGAAAAGGCGUGGCAGCAGGUACGACGAGGCAGAUAUGUGGAGUUCAACCUGGUGUAUGACAGGGGAGUGAAGUUUGGCUUGGCCACACCUGGCUCCAGAAUUGAGAGCAUCCUCAUGUCCCUCCCCCUCACUGCCAGGUGGGAGUACAUGCACGAGCCUGCCAAAGGUACCCUGGAGGCUGAGAUGCUGGAAGUGUUACGAAACCCCAAGGAGUGGGUGUGACCGCAGUGUACACAGGUUUACACAGGUUUACACGUCAAUAUGGACAAAACAUCCAGGAAACCGUCUUUAUUGGAUUUUAUAAAGGUGUAAGCUGUUUGAUGCGAUCAGCAGCUGUUAACAACGUGUUUACCAAAAUAAUAUGAACUUUUUUUUUUUUUUUUGCAUUAGCCUGAAGAGUUUCUUAAUCUCCACCGGUACUUUUCUCUUUCCUGUUUGCUACGUUUUGUCAAAUCAGUCUUGUUAACACUUAAUCACUGGAGAUGUGAAUAAGUGAAAAUUAGACACCGUGUUGUUAAAUGCAAUGACUGAGCUUUGUGCCAGUAAUUAAUUACUGCCUGGCAAAGUAAAGCAAGACUAAAUAAUGUAACUUCACAGGGCCAUUAGGUCAUCUCACAUUGGUGAUGUGCCCCUUUUAAGAAGUGUUUGUGUCAAACACUAGCUGUGUGUGUGUGUGUGUGUGUGUGUGUGUCUGUGUGUGUGUGUGUGUGUGUGUGUGUGUGUUUUUUCUAUGCCUGGGCUAAAUGUGGCUUGCUCUACUUGAAGCUAUCUGAGCCCUACUCUCCUCUGCUCUUUAACAAGGCACUGAAAGGGAAACAAGGACAAACAGCCACAGUGUUUUGUAUGUGUACUACUCACAUCAACUGUUAAUAAAACUGGUUUUCAUGUUUAAGAGCA